GUUCAACAGGGGGUGGUGUGGUAAAAGAUCCUCCCUUGAACAGUCCAUCAUCUGACGGACACUGGGCUCAGCUGGCCUUCCAGUCUUUUACCAGCUUUCUUUUAACAACAACGAUUCGCUGGAGAAUGUUCACAUCGUCAUACUUAACACGAAAACCGACAUAGUUCAUCAUUCAUUUUCUGCUUAUUUUUAUCCGAAGCUCGUCAUAAUGGAGCCGUCUGCGCCUAAAAGCAAGCUGAAGAAGCUGAGUGAAGACAGUCUGACUAAACAGCCUGAGGAAGUGUUUGAUGUGCUAGAAAAACUGGGCGAAGGUUCUUAUGGCAGCGUGUUCAAAGCCAUCCACAAGGAGUCUGGUCAGGUUGUGGCCAUCAAGCAGGUUCCCGUGGAGUCAGAUCUACAGGAGAUCAUUAAGGAGAUCUCCAUCAUGCAGCAGUGUGACAGCCCAUAUGUAGUAAAAUACUAUGGCAGCUACUUCAAGAACACUGACCUGUGGAUUGUCAUGGAGUACUGCGGAGCUGGCUCUGUCUCUGACAUCAUCAGGUUGCGCAACAAGACGCUAACAGAGGAUGAGAUUGCGACCAUCCUGAAGUCCACACUAAAGGGUCUCGAGUAUCUUCACUUUAUGAGAAAGAUCCACCGAGACAUCAAGGCAGGAAACAUCCUUCUCAACACUGAAGGGCACGCCAAACUUGCAGAUUUUGGCGUCGCUGGACAACUUACGGACACCAUGGCAAAGAGAAACACGGUGAUUGGUACUCCAUUUUGGAUGGCACCAGAGGUGAUUCAGGAGAUUGGCUACAACUGUGUGGCUGAUAUAUGGUCCCUGGGCAUCACCUCUAUAGAGAUGGCAGAGGGAAAACCUCCUUAUGCUGACAUCCAUCCUAUGAGAGCAAUCUUCAUGAUUCCCACCAACCCUCCUCCAACAUUUAGAAAACCUGAGCUGUGGACUGAUGAAUUCACAGACUUUGUCAAGAAAUGUUUGGUCAAGAAUCCAGAACAGAGAGCAACUGCAACUCAGCUUCUCCAGCACCCGUUCAUCAGCCAGGCCAAGCCAGUCACAAUCCUAAGAGACCUGAUAACCGAAGCCAUGGAGAUGAAAGCCAAGCGACAGCAGGAGCAGCAGAGGGAGCUGGAGGAGGAAGACGACAACUCCGACGAGGAGACAGAAGUCGACUCUCACACCAUGGUGAAGUCAGGCACAGAGGGCCCAGGCACCAUGAGGGCCACCAGCACCAUGAGUGACGGAGCGCAGACCAUGAUCGAACACAGCAGCACCAUGUUGGAGUCAGACCUGGGCACCAUGGUUAUCAACAGUGAUGAUGAAGAGGAGGAGGAAGACCAGGGAUCUAUGAGGAGACACGCGACCCCACAGCAGCCCAUACGUCCCUCCUUCAUGGACUACUUUGAUAAGCAGGACUCCAACAAAGCAGCUCAGCAGCAGGAAAACUACAACCACAACCAGCGGCAGGAGCAGCCGGGCUACCACAUCCAGUCUAAGAAUGUCUUCCCCGACAACUGGAAGGUUCCUCAGGACGGAGACUUUGACUUUUUAAAGAACCUUGACUUUGAGGAGCUUCAGAUGCGACUGAGUGCCUUGGAUCCCAUGAUGGAGCGGGAGAUUGAGGAAUUGAGGCAGCGCUACACGGCUAAGAGGCAGCCCAUCCUGGAUGCAAUGGAUGCAAAGAAGCGGCGACAGCAGAACUUCUAAUGUUCUUCUUUCGUCGACUGUUGUCACUCUUUAAAGCCACUUUUACCACAAAACUAACUUCCUAAAAACUCAGAGGAAUCAGGAUGACCCCAUCUGCUGUUGUUGCUGUUUGAAGAGAAAAUGCCUCUGGAUCUUUACACCUUGAAGCCUUUUACUCCACACUGUGUCCAGAUUUGUUCCUGCUGUUUGUCAAGGCCAAAGAAAACUACAAGCAACUACAACCUUCCUAAACAGCCUGAUCAACAACAAGCGUCCUUUCUUCCUCAGACCUUUUUGUACAAAACUGUAAAUACACAACAGAGCCUAGUUUGGAAAUACAUGCAACAAAAAGCUGUGGAAGUUCAUCCAUGACCAAAGACAAUCUGAGUGAUGAUUCAGUGGAAAAAAUGCCUUAAAAUAUUUUCAAGAAAAGCAAUUAACUGACACCGAAAGAGUCCAAUAUUACUCCAGGACAACUGGACAGAUUAAAAUAGCAGGAUGGUAACCAACAGAUCGUGCAUGCUUUUGAAAUACUUAUGGGUCAGACAAGUUACAGCUAAUUUUACUUUAUUCACAGUGCUUCACAUGUAUUCAUUCACUUAGUGUUUUUGAUCACAUUUAAGUUCAGAGAGGAUCAGAGACAGCUGACAUCAAAUUGAGAGAGGGAGAGAGAGACCAUUCCAAAAUGAUGUCUAAAUGGUUUUUGUUACUGUAGAAAAAAAACAUCCAUGGUUUCAGUGUGAUCAGUGAAAGUGGAGCUGGGCGUUCACAUAGCACUGUUUAUUGCUGUAGUUAAAUCCAGGAGAUAACAGUGACUGAUAAACUUGACUGGCUGCACAAAUGAUUAUUGUUUAUUACUUUAACUUGUAUUUCAUCCUUUCACUUUCACCGCAGCUCAUAUGUUUAAUAUUUCAGCAUUAACGAUUUUGCAUUCAAUUUGUUUCUUUUGACGGUGACGGUGAUAGUGAGCUGAGGUCGCUCUUUUUUCACAAUGAAGGUCAAAUAUUAGGGUGUUUUUAUUUAAACAUUUGGGCUCAAGGGAGUACUGAUGCAGCUGAGUCAUCAAAUCAGGCAUCAAGGGUCCUUUUAGAUAAUUUGUGCCCAACUUUUAGCUCUUAAUUUUUUUGAUUUUCCUGGCAAUCAAACCAUUAAAGGGACAGUAAUUAUGAAUUUCAGUUCACUGUCAGUAAACACACACAGACAAGACUUUUUUUUUUACUCUUACUUAAACUGCAUUUUCACCUCCAACUGCAAUUUGCAUAAGUAUGUUUACAUCAAGGUUAACUUCUAGUGGUACAAUUUUGAAACAAUCUACAUAUUCAGCAUAAAUCAUAUAUUGAAAUAAAAAUAUGUCUUAUGACUCUAGUGAUGUGUUUUGAAAGUCAGACUAAAAGCAGUUGGUUGAAGUUUAAUUGUAUACGGGCUGUAUUGGGGGUUUUUUCUGGUAUUGAAGCUGUUACAUAGAGUUACAUAUUUGAAAAUACAGUCUUUAAUGAGUCUUGUAUGACAGUAGAACAAAAGGCCUGUUACACUCUUACUGUGUCACUUUGCAUUUCAAACAUAAUUAUGUUUUUAGCUUUUUUAAUUUUCCUAUUAAUUGUGCUUUCAGUAACUAUUAUUUAUUUCCAGGAGUUAUUUACGUGAAUCACUGAAGUUUUUGCCUUUUCUUAGAUGAAGAAAGUCUGCACAUUUGUAACCAACAUUCAAGCUUUUACUCAUUAAAAUACUUAUGUUUUGAUUUCUUUGCUUCUUACACUAUGCAUGUUCCCAAUUAUUUUUCAUUUAUAGUAAAAAGCUUUUCAAAAAAAGUGAUCAUAGGAAUAGGAAAAAACAUCUACUUUGUAAAUGUACAGUAUCAGCCACGUUGUUUAUAUGAUAUCACUUGAAAUAUAUUACUUCAUAAGUUUUCUUUGUCUACAUUCAAUGUGUAGGUUAAAAUUGACACCUUUAUGUUUGAAUCACUUAAUUUAUUGUUUAUGUACUUUAUUUUUAUUGGUGCAAGAAAUAAUUAAAAAAACUGCAUAAAGAAAA